UGGCGACGUAUAUAAGGACCUAGGACAGCGACCGGGACCAGGCGGCGGCGAAACAGGAGAAAGAAGGGAAGAAAAGUGAAGGACGGACAGAAGCCGCCGAGCAUCCUCCCUUCCGGGCAGCGGGAGUCGCCCAGACAGCAGCCUCCCCACGACAGAGCCUCAGCCUGCCUGGAAGAUGAGGAGAUCGUGCGGUGGUCGUUCGGUGGCCCUGCUGCUGGCCUUGCUGCUUCAGGCCUCCGUGGAAGUGCGUGGCUGGUGCCUGGAGAGCAGCCAGUGUCAGGACCUCACCACGGAAAGUAACCUGCUGGCCUGCAUCCGCGCCUGCAAGCCCGACCUCUCCGCCGAGACACCCGUGUUCCCAGGCAACGGCGACGAGCAGCUGACCGAGAAUCCCCGGAAGUACGUCAUGGGCCACUUCCGCUGGGACCGCUUCGGCGACCGAAACGGCAGCAGCAGCGGCGGCGGCGCGGGCCAGAAGCGCGAGGAGGAGGUGGCGGUGGGCGAAGGCGGCGGCGGCGCCGGGGCCCGCGGCGAUGGCGCGGAGCCGGGCCUGCGCGAGGGCAAGCGCUCCUACUCCAUGGAGCACUUCCGCUGGGGCAAGCCGGUGGGCAUGAAGCGGCGCCGGGUGAAGGUGUACCGCAACGGCGCCGAGGACAAGUCGGCCGAGGACAACUCGGCGGAGGACGAGUCGGCCGAGGACGAGUCGGCCGAGGCCUUCCCCCUGGAAUUCAAGAGGGAACUGGCUGGGGAGCGGCCCGAGCCGGCGCUCAGCCCCGAGGGCCCGGCCGGGGGCGUGAUGGCCCGGGCCGACCGGGAGUACCGCCUGGUAGCGGAGGCGGAGGCCGAGAUCGUGGCGAAGGACGACGGGCCCUAUAAAAUGGAGCACUUCCGCUGGGGCAGCCCGCCCAAGUACAAGCGCUAUGGAGGCUUCAUGACCUCCGAGAAGAGCCAGACGCCCCUGGUGACGCUGUUCAAAAACGCCAUCAUCAGGAACGCCCACAAGAAGGGCCAGUGAGGGGCAAAGGGCUUCUACCCUCGGGAAGUCGACCCCAAAGCCCCCUCUCCUUGCCUGCCUGCUGCCUCCCAGCUGGGGUGUGCCCCUCGCUCAGGCACUGGGAGCGGCAGGUAGCAGUCUGUUACAGCUGCCUGUAGUUAGGAAAUAAAUAAAACCUUUCAAGUUCCA